AUGGUGAUUCCCGAAACAAAUUAUGCGAAUUUUUACGUCCCAGAAGAUUGCUGGGAACUGAUAUUCAACAGAUUGGAAGAAGAUGUUCUCAACUUAGCCGCGGUGUCUUUGGUCUCCAAGCGGUUUCUCUCCAGCACAAAUCGUUUGAAGGUUAGCCUAAAAUCCACGGACGAGAUGAUCUCUUUACUCCCCGGAAUUCUUCGAAGAUUUCAACACCUCAAGAACGUAGAAAUCAAUACUGAAUCCCACGAAGAUAUGAGCGGACUUAUUCAUCUGAUUUCACAGUAUGGGCUAAACGUCGAAUCCCUCAAACAGCGAUUUAACGCAAUCAUAGAUUGCUUUCCAGGGCUAGAGGAAGCAACUAUCAGUGGUUAUGUAACCGAUGACGGGUUGAGUCACUUGCACGAGGAAACUCACUCUCUCUCCAUUGAAGAAGAUUCAAGCAAGCUUCUUUCUUGCAUCGCAAAGGCACGUCCCCCAUUAAAGAAGCUCAAACUCUAUGACAACUGGUGCAGAGGAUUGUCAUCGCUUUUGCAAUCAUGUUGGUCGACUUUGGAAGAGCUAACCCUAGCAAACCGACGUCUCACAAAAAGGCGUAUGAGUAAAGUUUCAAAUAUUUUUGGGAGAUAUUCAGAGCGCUCUGGCAUGAAACUGAAGAUUCUGAAAGCUUGUGGGACGAAAUUGAACGACGAAGCAAUGGCGAUGAUUGGAAACAGGUGUCCCGAUUUGCAGUUUUUGAAUAUCGGAUAUUGCGAAGAAGUAACAAGUGAUGGGGUAAAAGAGGUGGUGAGGAAGUGCAAAAGACUAAGGGUGUUAAAUGUAAGAGGGUGCCCAAAUGUGGGCAUUGGUAUUCUGGAUUGGAUGGUGAUUUCAAGGCCGUCCAUUGCCCUCAAGGAAUUCUUCUCACCAUGUGGUUUUCCUCCUCCUAGUGAAGACAUGAGAAACUUGAGGAAUUUUUGA